UAUGUGCGGUGUAUUUCUAGAACGCAGGAAGUGUUAUCUAUUUUCAAUGAUAUGAUACUUCAUUUGAGCGCUUUGAUUACCGAGAACAGCCUGUUCUGUGCGGUCUAUUUAAAGAAGCCGACUACGAUUUUGUGUAAACAUACUGGCUAUGCCAAUUUUUGGCAUGUUAACCAGGUUGUGCUUGAGUGUUUGUACUGUACUGCCUAGAAGGAUGGAACAGGAAAAAUCGCAGGCAAACUAAAUCCAGCUUUUUUCGGCGUUGUGUGUUCCCCAUAGAUUCGAACAAGAGUCCUUGAAGGAUCACGGCAAAAAUAUAGUGGUAGAGAUCCACUGUUCUAUCCGCAUUCACACGAUGGAAAGCCUAUCGCUAUCUCGCCCACGGUCCCCGAAUUAGAGUACAAAUCCAGCAAGAUGGAAAAGGUAUCAAAGCAUCAUAUUUGUCUAAUUGAAACUACUUAAUAUCCAUAUAAGAGAGGCAUCGUAAAAUGAAUUUAGUCAGUAUAAUAUCGUAUCUUUUAACGGGCGCCGGAUUUUAUUCGGAAACAAUUAACAACAUCAACUAAAUGGCUAUGCAUAAUAGUGUAUAAGUGUCGCUUCAUGGAACAGCAGCUAGAGUGGCUGUAUGCUUUCAUAUUAGAAGCGGUUUUCAAAAAGCGUGCUUUCAGUGUAAAAAGAACUGCCGGAGACGAGAUUCCUGGAUCUAUGAAUUGGGCAAUAUCUACCGAGAUGGCUUCUACAGGUCGAACAUUCCCUCCGCUGAGGUGCUGGCCAGCCCCCGUCAUGAACCUAUAAGAAAGUUGCUCUGGUGCACUGUCCUGAUACCGCUCUUUUUCUUCACGAUAUCUGAUCUCAUGGGAGUUAUUCAGGAAUAUAUGCAGUAUCCAGUAAUUUACACGUACGAGUACAAGACAGUGGACACUCUUGAGUUUCCUGAUGUGACAAUCUGUAAUGUUAACCCACUCUUGAAAAGCAAGGCUUGCCGCAAUGACUCUCUGUUAUACAGAUCAGUAAAGAUCGAUAACCUUGGUGAAGAAGUUACGCUCAAUGCUUUUUGUCCAGAUGAGAACAGCCGAUGGAUGUGCGAUAGGAUUUGCGGCGACAACGAACAGGUGAAGCAACCAAAUGAGGAAGAUCUGAAUAUUCGAGCACAACUUGCGCAAUGGAUUAAAGAAACAAUCGCUGCUGGAGAAAUGGGCGACGCCAUUAUAACAGAUCUGGGUCACAAGGUGGGCAGUAUGGUGCAGAAGUGCAGUUAUGCGUCAAAUGAUGAUUGCACGACAAAUACUGGUCUUCGCUUCACGGAGACGGUGAGCCAGCUGUACGGUUCGUGCUUCUGUUUUCACUGUCACCGAAGAAACCAUACCAAAAAGUUUCAAAAACUCUCGGAAGAGGACCGAGCGGAACACGAGAGGACCAAAAGGGAGUGGGAUAAGUAUUACGAAUACGGAACAUUGUCGUCUCCACUAAGCGGGCUUGUUAUCCAGCUUAACACCGAAAUUGACGAAUAUCUGCCAACUUCAAAUGAAGUCGGUUUCGUGGUAAUGAUCCACGAACACAACAAAGACUACUCGAUCUGCCACGACUCCGUCUACAUUCUGCCUGGAUACACGACGUAUAUUGGUUUAAAUUUAAUGACCACCUUCAACUUGGGACCGCCAUACCAGGAUAGCUGCAGAGAUGUGUGGCCUCAACCGUUGAAAGAGGGAACGCUUGAAGGCGCGGUCAAGGUUAUUGAUCCUUUCGUAGAAACGCAACAGUAUAGCCGUCCAAUGUGUUUGGAGUAUUGUAAGAUUGAGUAUCUCCUUUUUAAAUGCAAGUGCGUCCAAAAUGAUCCUACCGUAAAAAUUAACCCAGAGCUCACCGAGAAUUACAAAUACUGCAAGUCGGCUAAGAAAAAUGAAUGUACCAAAAAAGUCCUCUAUAAAAAAACCAACAUGGUUUGGGAGGCUCGGUGCGAUUGUCGAAGGGAAUGCGAAACACGACGGUAUGACACUGAUGUCAGCGUGGCGGGCUUAGUUGCUGAAGAGAACACUGGGUUAGGUAAUCAAACCCGUGAGCAGCAAAUGUACACACAGAUGGGCAGUGCCCGUAUAGUAGUAUAUUUUCAUUCGUUCACAUACGAACACGUCAAGGCCAUAAAAAAAUACGACGAAAUUCGAGUGCUAUCUAUCAUCGGAGGGAUUAAUGGAAUGUACCUAGGACUCUCGUUCUAUCUUCUCUUCCAGGCUGUGGAUAUCAUAGCCACGGGCGCGGUCAAAUUCAUUCAAAAACUUCGAAAUAGGAAUCUCGCGCUUGGCCAAGACGGAAAUUCCAUGUCAUCAACCGCAGUCCAGACGACUGCUCGAGGGAACCACCGCAGGCGAUGGGGUAGCGUAUGGCCAUCGUAUACCCGCCGAGCACCUGAGCCCUUGCCAGAGGUGUCAUACUACGGUAGACAACGGAAGAACAUCUGGGACGUCUUCAAGAAGCCAUCUGAACAUGCUGCUUCAAGUACGAUCGAGCAGUUUAACACUAGUUACGGCCGCUUUGCUGUACAUUACUACAGGAGAUAAUUUGACAUAUAGUAUUUAUCUGGUUUGUAAGAAACAGGCUGACGGUGUGGGAAUCUGAACGACUGCACCUCUGGCUGGAACAACCAGGGGCCGCUGAUCCAAGCCCCACCAAUCAUACACACAAUAAAAACCAGUGCGAAUAAAUAAAUAAACAGCGCAACUUAUUAGGGUAGUUUUUCGUGUUUAUCCGUAGCACUGCGAACGGUUUGAAAUUUAAUGACAUCAGCAAUGAGAUAGCUAUAUGGUUUGUUAUUACCGGGUCUACCAUUUGUCAUUUGAGUAUAGCGCAUUUUGGAGAAUUUUGUAUGUUUCAAUUGACUAGAAAAAACUAUAAUAAUAAAUAUA